AUGGCGGCGGAGUGGCUGAGCCUAAGGGGAUCAGCACCGGGCCUGCGCUUCAAGGGUCUCUGGAGCCGGCUCGCAGGAGGAGGGCCGCUCUUGGGGCCCCUGACAUUUAUGAGAUCACAAACAAAGAGAGUACUGUUUACACCUCUCAUGCAUUCAGCUCGUCCUUUCCGAGUCUCAAACCAUGACAGAAGUAGCCGGCGAGGAGUGAUGGCCAGCAACCUGCAGGAGCUCAUCAGCAAGACCUUGGAUGCCCUUGUCAUUACUGCCAGUCUGGUCACAUUGGUGCUGGAGGAAGAUGGCACUGUGGUGGACACAGAAGAGUUCUUUCAGACCUUAGGAGACAACACACAUUUCAUGAUCUUGGAAAAAGGACAGAAGUGGACCCCGGGCAGCAAGUAUGCUUCUGUUUACCAACAUCCAAAGAAAUCAGGAAUAGCAAGAAUCACCUUCGACUUAUACAAGCUGAAUCCCAAAGACUUCAUUGGCUGCCUCAAUGUGAAAGCCACCAUGUAUGAGAUGUAUUCUGUGUCAUAUGACAUCCGGUGCACCAGUGCCAAGGCUCUGCUGAGGAGUGUGCUGCGAUUCCUGUCCUACACUGCCCAGGUGACUGGACAGUUUCUCAUCUACACUGGCUCCUACGUGCUGCGAAUGCUAGGGGACCCUGAUGAUUCCCCAGCUCCAAGAUCACACUGCAGGGGAAAGCCCAUGUGA